AUGCUAGAUAAGCCUCACCCCACACCUCCCAGAUGGAAGGAAACAUACGACGCAAUAAAGGAGAUGCGGAAGAAAUAUAUCGCUCCAGUGGAUACAAUGGGCUGUGAGCAAGCUCAACUUAGCGAAAUCGAUCCAAAGGGACGGAGACUGUCCACUCUUGUGUCCCUCAUGUUAUCGUCUCAGACGAAAGACGAAGUUACUGAUGCUGCUGUAAAGAAACUGCGAAAAGCUCUUGGGGAAAGCAUCACAGUGGAAGCUCUAAUACAAGCGGAUGAGAGUACAAUAUCCGAAGCUAUUAAUAAGGUUGGCUUCUGGCGUAGGAAGACACAGUAUAUCAAGCAAGCAGCAAUCCGCUUGCGUGAUGACUUCGGCUCAGACGUUCCCAAAACGGUGGACGAACUCUGUUCUCUCCCAGGAGUAGGGCCUAAAAUGGCCUUUUUGUGCCUUCAACGGGCUUGGGACAUCAAUGAUGGCAUUGGCGUCGAUGUUCAUGUCCACAGGAUAACAAACCGGCUUCGCUGGCACAAGCCGCAGACUAAAACUCCAGAGGAGACGAGAUUAAACUUGCAGUCUUGGCUUCCGAAGGAACUCCAUCCGGAUAUAAACCACUUGCUUGUUGGAUUUGGACAGACAAUUUGCCUGCCUGUUGGACCGCGAUGCGACGAUUGCACACUAAGUACAUCGGGUCUUUGCCCCAGUGCACAAAAUGUAAAGACUUCCAAAUCACGCAAAGCCCUACAGCUCCGCGAGGAGGUUGUCGUCGAAGAAAUAGAUGCAACGUAG